AUGGAGAAGGACUCCGGUUAUCCUACUAGCGACGCUCACCCCGUCGCCGUCGCGGGAUCGGUGGAGAAGCCGCACCAGGGCGGAUUAUGGUCCAGAAUCAAGAGCCAUGCGACCCUCGAGGUGGAAGAGAGCAGCUAUGCUCCGCCGGGGACAUCAUGGAGCAACAAGGACCUCGACCCAGUCCCGCCAGAGAUGCAGACCUGGCAUACGUAUAACUUUGUCACGUAUUGGAUUUCCGAUGCCUUUGCCAUUUCAAACUGGAGAAUUGGUGCGUCGCUUGUCGCGAUUGGCCUCUCCUGGAAACUGGCACUCGUGGCCGUUGUGAUUGGUAAUUUUGUCACUGCAUUGGUGGUUACUUACAAUGGCGUUAUUGGCGCUCGAUUACACAUUCCCUUCACCGUCCAGGCGCGAUCGGCUUUCGGCUUCUACUUCUCAUAUGUGAUGAUCGUCUUUCGAGUCAUUGUGAGCAUCUUUUGGUACGGCAUUGGAACAUAUACUGGCGCAGAGUGUAUUCGCAGCAUUAUAUACGCCUGGGCACCAAAUUUCAGAAAUGUGCCAAAUCACCUGCCCGAGUCAGCCAACAUUGAUACCGGCUUCAUGAUUUGCUACUUCAUUUACUUCAUCCUGGUUCUUCCGUUCCACUGGAUUCCAGCGCACCAACUGCAUUGGUUCUUUACCUUUAAAGCCAUCGUCACACCGAUUGCCGGUUUUGCCAUUCUCGGAUGGGUGAUUCACAGCACAGGCGGCGGCGACCAAGUCUUCACCUACGGCAACUCAUACUCGGGAUCAUCGCUGGGCUGGGCAUUCAUGUCUGGCGUCAACGCCAUGAUUGGCAACUUUGCCACCCUCGGUGUCAACAUGAAUGACUUUGCCAGGUAUUCCAAGAAGCCAAACAGCCCGUACAUUCAACUAUUCAUCAUACCAGUGGCCUUUAUCGUCAUGAUGCUAUUUGGCAUCAUUGGUGCGAAUGGCUCGAGGAUUAUCUACGACGAGGUGCUUUGGGAUCCCAUGCUGAUUAUUGACAACUGGACGUCGCCCGGAGGACGCGCUGCGGCCUUCUUUAUCGCCCUGGGCUUCUUGAUUGCCAGUAUUGGAAUUAACAUUAGUGCCAACUCCAUCUCUGUCGCUGUCGAUCUCUCGACUCUUUUCCCGAGAUACCUCAACAUCCGCAGGGCACAAUAUGUCUGCGCGGUUCUCGGAGCCUGGGCAAUGUGCCCGUGGGAGAUUCUCGCAUCCGCCGAGUCCCUGCUGACAUUCAUGGACGGCUACUCAAUCUGGCUGGCGCCCAUGGCUGGCAUCCUAAUCUCCGACUACUGGAUUGUCAACAAGCAGCGCGCAAAUGUCGUCGAAAUGUACCAGCCACACGGCAUGUAUUCGUAUGAGAAGUGGGGAACCAACUGGCGAUCUGUUGUGGCCUUUGUCGUGGGCUUUGCACCAUUGCUGCCGGGUUUCGCCAAAGCCGUGACAUCGGGCUUGAACGUCUCGGCGGGUGCGUCCAAUCUGUAUGCUCUUGGGUACUUUUAUGCAUUCCUGAGCAGUUCGGCUUUGUAUAUUGCAUUGAGCAAGAUAUGGCCGCCCAGGAGCGAGUAUACAGGCAGGACGAUUGCAGAUCAUUUGGCAGAAGAACCAUCGCAGAUCUAA